CUGUUGUGUUGUAUCCAUAUCAAGCUGUAAUUGUACAUUGCUAUUUAACCAGAAAAGAUCAUAUUUAAAAUCACCACAUAUUUUGACCCCUUGUGUUAAAGUCUUCUCUAAAAAAUCGUUUUGAAGUGUCAAUUUCGAAUAAAUUCACAUCAUCAAUGAAUAAUACGAUAUUCACAAUUGGUCACCAUGCUCCCCACCAAACUCGCCGUACCGAAGAUCGAGAUCAAUUUCGACACCCCGAAUCGGGAGCGCUUCCUUCGUGACGAAUUCUGCCAGAGCAACAGCUCCAACUACACGGUUCUGGGCCGUGGUAGCUAUGGCGUGGUCAUAAAAGCGGCCUACAAAAGCCAACAUGUGGCCGUGAAGAUUGUGGAAAAACAUCGCAAGUACCGCUGUCGGUAUGAUUCCCUGCGAAACGAAGCGAAUGUGUUGGGUCUGAAGCACGAGAACAUUGUGCGAGUGGUGAAGAUCAUCUCCGGCGCUCGGUACGGAUUGGUUAUUAUGGAACGGUUCGAUGGAUAUUGUCUGCAGAGUGUGCUGAAUCGGAGCUAUGAGAUCACAAUCUAUCACCGAUUGCUGAUUCUGUGUGACAUAAUCAACGGACUCUGUUUCUGCCAUCGCCACCAUAUUGUUCAUCUAGAUGUGAAACCUCAGAAUGUGAUAGUUUGUGUGCUGCUCCCGGGUUGUUCAUCGAUUAGAAACUAUUCCUGCAAGCUGUGCGAUUUCGGAUCGUCGGUCAAUUUGGAUAAACCGGACAUGGUCCAAUCGAAUAAUAAUCGUGGGACAAUCCGGUACAUGGCUCCGGAGUUACUUCGAGGACUUGAUCUAGUAAACGAGUUGGCCGAUGUCUACUCGUUCGGCAUAACGAUGUGGCAAUUGAGCGAAAGCAAAGAUCCUUACGAGUCAAUAGCGUCUAAUGAAGCCGUUGCCUACAACGUGGUCAAGAAGAAAAUACGUCCGGACAGUGUUACAACAAUAGAAAUAUUGCGCUCAGAGCCGGUAUCUAUUCCGGUGGGUAACAAUUUCCACCAUCAAGCAUCCCGCGGUCGCAAAAAUAGCGAUAACUCGAUGGAGUCCUCCCAAACCUACCUAAAGGGGAACGGCAAUUCGCACAUUAGCUUCCACAGUAGCAUCCUUGUUUCGUCGAACACUUCCGACCAGCAGCAGCGUCCCGACUAUUCGACCGACGCCAUGCGUGAUGAGCUCCAACAACAGGGCAUCGACCUGCUGGGGAUUGAGGCCACCGAGGAGUACGAUGAGGACGAUGAUGGUGCACCGAGCCUAGCUGCGCUGGAUGCCCUUUUCGUACAGGUGGUUGAGUUGCAUGCCGUCAAUCAAAAUUAUAUUCGACAAGAAUAUAGAAACCUGUACAGGAGAUGUUGGCAACACGAAGCCAUUCGGCGUCCUACUACUGCUGAUGUUCGUGCCACGUUGCAUGGCAUGGUGGAGCGGAUUGUUAGUUGUAAAUAGUUUAUGUAGUGUGUUUUGUAUCUGAGUGUUAAAUGUUGUCUUUUAUCACCUGUUUGGCUCCACGGCAGCUUGUUGUUACUAGCAUGCGAGCUUAUAUUUGUUUGUUUUGUCCUUUAUACUUAGAAAAUUUUCCUAGAUUAGGAAUUCCAAAAUUUUAUUCAUUGAUAUUAUUUAAAAUAUCUUUUCAAAAAAAUCGUGCGAUACAAAAUACACAUAUUCCCAUCGCAGUA